UUGACUUCUAUACUGUGUUAAUUUGUAAUUUGUUCGUUAUUUUCUAAAGUAUCUAAUAAAUAUUUUCGAUUUCAGUUAUACAUGACUGAGCUAAAUGAAUUAAUACAUUAAGAUUUAUGUUGGUAAAAUACUACAGACUAUACUAAAUAAAGUUUACCAAUGGAGGGAGCCUAUAGAGAUAAAUAUGCUUUUGUUGGAGAAUGGUAUGAUAACCAGGCAAGUCUGGUGAGGCGUUAUAACUUAUUCUACUAUCCAUGUGAUGAUACUAUUGAAAUGUAUGAUUUAAAGAAUAGAAAAACAUUUCUCAAAAGAGUAAAAGUAACUGGUGUAACAUUAGAAAACUUUUAUAUUGGAAGUACACUUAAUAUUUUAGGAAGACUUGUAAAAAUAACAAGCUUUGCUUGCGAGGAUACAAAAGCGAAGUUGCUCAAGGAUAUGGAAGUAACAUUUGUACUUAUAAAGCCAAUUGAAGCGAACAUUGCUGGAAAAAUUAUAACUCAUCUGUAUCAAAAUGGCCUAAGAAUAACUAAGAUGAAGAAAUCUCGCCUAACAGCAGAUGAUGUCAACUAUUUGUUCAGAUAUGAUGUUCAUGAUCCAACAUUCCCAUUUCUUUUUGAACAAUUGACUGAUGCGUUGGUGUAUGGUUUGGAGCUGGUAGGAAAUAAUGCAGUCAGUAAUUGUGCAAAACUAAUUGGUGACAGAGACCCAUUAAAGGCAGAACCAAACACAAUCAGAGCAUUGUAUGGUAAAGACCCUGUGAGAAACUGUGUCCAUUGUGCACCGGAUCCUGAGGCAGCUGUAAAGGACAUAGAAUACUUCUUUCCACCUCCUCCAUUCCAUUCAGUAAGGCUUAACCUGACUGCCACCCUGUCUAAUUGCACCCUGUGUAUUGUCAAGCCACAUGCUCUGAGGGAAGGCAAGCUGGGGGAUAUAAUGGAGCAAAUAGAUGAAGCAGGCUUCAAUAUUACAGCCCUCAAUAUGUUUAUGGUUGAAAACAUUAACGCCAAUGAGUUCUAUGAGGUAUAUAAGGGCAUUGUCCAAGAAUUCAAGGGAAUGGUUGAUGAGUUAUCGAGUGGACCUUGUGUGGCAAUGGAGAUAGUGGCCAAAAAUAAAGGUCUGCACACCGCAGUUGAGUUCAGGAAACUAGUUGGACCUAUAGAUCCCGUGAGUAAUAAGAGAUUGCCAGAUUGUUGCGGCCGAAUACAUUAAGAGCUAAACAUGGUAAAACAAGAGUUCAGAAUGCAGUACACUGCAGUGAUUUGGCUGAAGAUGGGUUGUUGGAAGUCGAAUAUUUCUUUAAAAUUCUAGACCUUUAACAUUAUGAGAGUUAAUAAUAGUCAAAUUAUAUAUUAACCCCCCUUAUUCAUAAUAGUCUGCUAACUUAAAGCAUGCUAACUCUCACUCUGUCUUCUUCUAUUGACCUAAGUCAGAAUGAGAAAAAAUACUCCUUAGCGGCUGUUUAAAGGUAGCGGACCAUUAUGAAUAAGGGGGUAUAUCACUAUGAUGCUAAAGCAAUGAAAUGUUUUGAAUAUAAUUAAAUUAAUAUUGCUCACUGAAGGCUGUAGCAACCUUAGAGUAUUUAACCAGGAAAAAAUCUAUAAGUCCAACUGGUAACCGCCACAGAUUAGCGCGUUUUAACAAAUUUAUCUUUAGCUUUAUAAUAUUAGUGUCGAUUUUGUUUACAUCAUUGACAUAUUAUAUUAAGAUUAUUCAGAUUCUUUUUGACACUAUUUUAUAUGGGCUAUGAGCGGCAUUCGCUUCAGUUUUCGGGGCAUAGACUUGAAGCCGUCUCCAGUUGUUUAAAUACUCUAAGGUGUGACAUGAUGUAGUCUGAUUUUUAUGAAAGCACAAGACUGAUUUUAUUUUACUUAAAAUUAAAUGUAAUGCUGGCUUAAUAAAAUGUUUGUACAAA